AUGUGGCAGGCAUCCUCCGAUGGCGACUCAGCAGCGCUCCAGUCGGCCCGCGAAGAGCUUCAAGCGGAGGUAUCUCGCCUCAGCCAGGAGCUGGAAACAGCAAUGCAGGCAGCUGAGGACGCUCGAGAAGAGGCGUCGCAGCAAGCGCAGCUUACAGAGGAAGCAAGGGCGCAGGCGCUCCAGCAGGCGCAGCGGGCAGAGGCAGCUGAGACCAAGCUACUGGCACUUGUGGAGCGGAUUCGAGGAGCCGCCACCGGAGCUCGCAGGCUGGCGGCCACGUGA